CCUGUGUUGUGGUUUGAAACGUUUUAGAAGCUAGUGAUUUUACUGCUUGUUGUACAACUGUACAUCGUGUCUCACCAAUGCUUGAUUGAAGAACACCACUUAAAUAUACAAUUGUCCUUUUCAUUUUCUUUUAAAUUUCUACAUACAUAACAUAGAUUCUUAUCCUCCAGCUCUAUUUUGUGAUCCAACAACUUGCUUCUUGAACAAGCACACAUCGUGUCUUACCGGUAUCGACACUGAACCAGCAUUUCUCAUGGCAGGUUUCUGCUUUUACAACUUCAGCUCCUGGGUUUGCUCUUUAAGUCAUCAGCCAACCUCUCUUUCUCUACAGCUCUUCAGACCACUCCAUGGAGGUUGAUUUCUGGAAUCUUAGCAGUAACGUGCCUUGUGUUGAUGGCUACUUUGGGAAUAUUGUUGAAAAAUUCAUUUCAUAAACAAAGUAUUCAGCAAACAUCAUCACCAGGAGGAACCACAGAAGCCCAGGAAGGCUCUGACUGCUGUUCUUGUCAAGAAAAGUGGAUUGGGUACCAGUGCAACUGUUACUUCAUUUCUAAUGAAAUGAAAACUUGGGCAGAAAGCAGGGAUUUCUGUGCCUCUCAAAAUUCCAGUCUGCUUCACUUGCAAAACAAAGACGAAUUGAGUUUCAUGAACCGCAUUAAAUUUUUUUUCUGGAUUGGACUGUCUUACAGUGAAGAACGUGGUACAUGGUUGUGGGGGGAUGGCUCUCUUCCGUCUCCAGAUCUAUUUUCAUUAUCUCAAACCAAAAAUACACAGAACUGCAUAAUGUAUAAAACAAGCAGAAAUAUUCUGGAUGAACCCUGUGAAAGAAAAAAUCGUUAUAUCUGUAAGAAGCAGCUUAUUUAGGUGUUUCUUAGGGCAGAAGGGGUGGGCAACAAGGUCCAGUAUUACUAAGUAUGGUAACUGUACCUCUUAUAUUAUUGCUAAUUAUCUACUUCUAAGAUAUGUGAAAUGUUUCAAAUUGUUUCUUAUUAUACAAUUGUUUCAUAUAUUUGAAACCUUAUGUUUUCAGGUUGAUGAAAUUGUGCAUCUAUAGGUAAAAUCUAAAGCAUCAAGAUGAAUAAUUUCAUGAAUACUGUGAUGUAAUGCAUGUACUCAAUAUUGCAUGCAAUAUAUUUUUCCAUAUACAUUGUUGUAAAUUUUCUCUACAAAAUUUUAAAAAUUUACAUAAUAAAAUACAA